AUGGUCGCCUUUUCAAAGACCGCGCUUACGGCUGCGCUUAUGGCUGUGCUGUCUUCGACUGUCACGGCACGACCUGCGCUCCCAGUGAUUUCACCUAGAGGACACAUCCCUUUCUUCGACUUCCACAUCUUGUUCGACCGCUACAACGAGACAACCUGCCAAGGCGAAGGUUUCAACGUCAAAGAGCACGUUCCCGAUGUCAUUGAAGCUGAUGGUGAAUGCUAUCGGUGGCCUGACGACGAACGCGCACAUGUUGCCUACGCAUUUUCCUAUGCUUGGCAUGGGCCUGACUGGUGGCCUGGGAACAAGCCAACGGACUUUGGAGAUUGUACGAUUCUAUCGUACGCCGAUAACUUCUGCGGCGUAGAGACUUCGCAACUCUCACACUACGUCAAGAUCAAGCAGCUGAUCGACCGUCGUACAGGUCGAAACUCCGGAAAUGAUGAACCAUUGCCAGGUUCCACCGGUUCCAGUCAGAUCUAUAAGGCUCAACUGCGUGGAGUGAGACUGAGAGGCGAUGCCUAG